GUUCCGGUGUCCUGGCAAACCAAGAGAAAGUCGUCAUAAAGAUGUCGAAAUUGACCCCUGAAGGAACGAUUCCAGUAUUGGAACAUGAACCUAAAACGAAGGAAAGAGUAAUGGUAUUAGAGAUAGUACAAGAAACUAUGAACAAAGGAAUAUCCCAGUACUUAUCUCUGUUUCGAUUGGCCUCGAAGAUAUUUGAUCCUGGAGGAUUUAAAGUUUGUGGAACGAACAAACUAAGUGGAGGAAAAUGUAGCCAUUGA